AUGGCGAUUUUGGACUUUCACGUUAUGCCCUCGACUGUAUCGCAACCGACUGGAGUACUUGCCGUACUGGAUUCCAUCCUGUUUGCCCGAGCAAAGAAAGAGUUUGGGAACAGACUGUGUGCGCUGCGUAUCGCCGGACAGGACAUUGUGUUGGUUACAACAGCAGCUCAGAUAUCAGUGGUUGAUAAGGAGUGUCACAUCUAUGCCUUUGAGCAUUUUGUAGACCUCAUGUACGAUGAGAUGGCCAAAGUCUCACGAGAGAGUAAGCCCAUACUCUGGCGGACCCCAGCAGAGGGCUAUGUCUCGAUCUUUCCAAAUCCCAAGCAAAUGUCGUGUGCUCACACUGGCAUCGCUCUUCUGCAUAAACAGUUCUCGCAGCCAGAUGCUCUCAGAUGCUUUAUGGCCAACUCGCUGGCCUCGAUCAAUCAGACACUACAAUGGGGCUCUUUUUACAACACAAGCAUGCUCCGCUCCGCCUCGGAUGUAAAAGUCAUUUCUCUUGACUUCCUAUGCAGGGAUGUCAUCAUGGAUGCUCAAGUCAUCUCCUUCUUUGGACCCCGGCUUCUCGAGCUGGAGCCUAACCUUCGCACCAUCCUCAAUGAAUGGGACUUUGAGAGCUGGAGGGUUUCCUACAAGCUCCCCUCUGUGUUGGCCAAGCGGGCAACGCGACUCCGCGACUGGCUGGUCGAUAUACUCACAGACUACUACUCCGUGCCCGCGGAGCAGCGGCCAGGAUCUGUCGCUUUUGUCAAUGAACUUUACGAUGACUGUAAGCAUGCAGGACUGCCAGAUCGAGACAUUUCCGGGAUCAUGUUUACUAUUCUUUGGGGGCUCACCGCGAAUCCUACCGUUCUUUCCUUCUGGAUGAUAGCCCAUCUGGCGAGAAACUCUACUGUUAUCACCCAGAUCCGCGAAGAGAUCGCCCCUCUUAUGCAAGAGGUCAAUUCCCAUCCCGAGACUAGCGGAGCCUCCCUUUAUGAGCUCACCAAGAAUCCCCUCCUCACCCAAUGUCCCAUUCUCAAUUCGGUGUUUUAUGAGACGUUGCGCUACACAAGUACCGGCAGUAGCUUCCGCAAGACCACCCGAGAUACAACCCUUGAGGGUCGUCACAUUCCUCAAGGCACCAUAGUUGCCAUUCCCCAGCGGGUGCAGAUGAUGAGCGAAGAGGCCUUUGGCCCGGACCCGUCCUCAUUCGACUACUACCGAUUUCAUCGGGACAAGUCGCUGCUUCGGAAGGUGGAGUUUCGCGGAUUCGGAGGCGGCACCACUUUGUGCAGCGGCAGGAUUGCGGGCCGACACCUGGUGCUGGCCUAUGUAGCCAUCUUGUUGUGGAGAUAUGAUGUGGAGAUCAUCGGCCCCGAUCAGCAGGUGUUGGGGGUUCGCGGGAAGCCUUUUCCCCGACUGGAUAAAGGGAAGCCAAGUCUGGGUCCUGCGCAAAGGAGGAAGGGGGAGGACUUGAUUCUGAAGGUCACGCAAAGGAAUUGA